UUAGGUUACAGCCAAUAAAAGUGAGAAAGAGGGCAGCGGGAAAACAUUUGGCUCCAUGGGUCGAAAACAAGCCGUGGAUAUGAGGAGGGUGUGACUCCGCCUAUUGAUCAGAGACCAUCCUCCUCCCUUUUGUCUUUUCUUCAGUUUGUUAACUUCUCUAAAAGCCGCGUGGACUUCGGGCGAGCCCUUUGGCCGGCCUGCGCUUCACUUGGUGGGAUUGUUUUCUCUUUUCUCCUUCUGGCGCAUCCGGGCCGACCGAGUGCACUCACGAGCGGAGAGGAGGACUUUCCCCCUUCUUUUCUUAUUUUUGUUUGUAUUUUUUCCCCUCAGAAGUUGUGUUUCAUGGAGUCGUUGCGGGAAGCAUUUAUUGUCACCGCAGCAGCGAGGUCUGGAGGAGCCAAUUCAUCGCACCAUCAUAACAAAGUUACCACAUGAUGAGCAGCCACUCGAUACAGACCCUCAUUAAACCAGUGCUUCAAUGCAAGAUGCCAUUAUUCGACGGGACCGUAGCACCCACAAGACUGUCAAAACCACAAAACAUGUCUGAUUUCCUGGGUAAGCAGACCCUGCAGUACAGCGGGGCCUACUUUGCUUUCGACCCCAGAGGAAAAGACGGAGCACCGUUCACUCCUCCUUGGAGCAACUCAAAGACCUCGAUGCUGGAUGGGAGAAAUCCUGUGAGUCACCUCUCUGGCAUGGAGGGACAAAACCGCAUCAUUUACAGGCAAGACAGCAAUUCUUCAGAGGAAAGCCAUUCUCAUUCUUCCUCUCUGCAUCACGCUUCUGUAAAACCGGGCUUUACAUUAUACGCAAAAAGUCCUGGGAUCAGCAGUCCAACAGCUGCUACACCAGUGGCUGUUAGAAAACAAAAAACUGGAGGUGACAAUUCAUCUCCCCUGUCUGAAAACUCUGUUUACUUAGCCAUUCCUAAGCCAAUUUAUGGACAUAACCCCUGCUGUAAUGAAUUGGGUUGUGUGAUGGGGAAACAAUACAGCAGGGAACAUGGCUCUCCGAGGAUGCCAAACGCAGUGUAUGAACACGAUUGGAUGCAAGCUGAUGCUCACUAUGCUGACAGACUGCCCACCCAGAGGAAAGCACAAGAAGCCCUGCUGCAACAGAGAAGUUUACAGUUCGAGCACAGUGCUGAAACACUUAAGAGGAUACCUGUGGAACCAUUCAGCCCAGGUAGAGCGAGGACUUUGCCUGGUAUGAUUGAGCCGCACUACAGCAGUUACCCCUGUAACCUCACUCACACACUGUUUGGCUCUUUAAGUGAGCAGAGCCAGCGUUUACAGACUCCCCCCAGAGGCUACCCUAGCUUAUACCCCUCCCAUCCCACAUAUGAGCAUAUGACCUCAGAGGUUUAUCAAGAACAUUCUCCCAUGUCCAAAUAUGGCCAGCUAACAGGGCACCCGAUGUUUUACUACCCCCAGGCAAAUGUGGAGGUAGAGAGCAGGACACAGUGUAAAGAUAUUGUCAGUAAACAGAGAGAAGAUGUCCCUGUUAUUCUGAAACACACAAUCUCAAACCCCCGGGAGCAUUACAUAGUGCCUCAGUCACUCCAUGGUGACAUUCCUUUGCCUUUGGCGAGCACCGAAACAUUGUCAAAUCAUUCAUUGGUGCGGGGUUUUGACUAUCCUUGUUAUGCAGUUCCCAGAUUUCAUUUAAAUGCAAGCCAAACCAGAUCCCCCCUAAGGAGGCAACAUGCAUCACCAAGCUUGCACUCUAAUCGCGUAAAUGUUUCCCCAACCAGCAAAUACAUUGACCACCCUGUGGCCUCUGCAGCCAAACUUAACAUGGAAAAAGCCAGGAUCCAGUCACACGCCAACUCACCAUUCCUACGUGUGGAUCAAACCAGUCCUACCAGGUGUACAAGCCAACCUGGCAUCUCACCAUCUAGCAUUCAGAAAAACAGAUUUUUUCCCACACCUGCCAGCCUGCACGUGGACCAACAUGUCCCUCCACCAAAAGCCUUGAACACGGUCAGACUCUUGAACCAUUCCUCCUGUGAACCUCAGCUCAGGUGCCUGAGACAGCCAAACAGCCGGGCGUCCCCUCACAGCUCAGAUCGCGUGCACACAGCUGAACUUUAUAAUGCAAAUGUCAGAAAAAUUAUUAAUUCCCCUGCUGUUGCACCAGGAAAUAAACACAAUGACCCUGAGUCUACUUCAGCCACCCCUAUUCUUAAAAGGUGCCUGAAGAGAAGUAUAUCUCACUCAUAUUCGCCCAUCAAAAUAAAAGAAGAAGACAGGGAUUUAUGUGUGGUGGAACUCAUUAAGAAACGACAGAAGGUAGAAAUGGAGAAUGUUCGAGUAGGAAAUAAAACUGAUUCUCCUCCUAUGCCAGUAAUCGACAAUGUCUUCAGUCUGGCACCUUACCAGGCAUACCUGCAGGCCUCCGGAGUGUUAUUUCCAGGCAGAAUACCUCAGAGACCUGUCCAUUCAUCUGAGCACUGUGAUGUCAAAACCAAGCAUGACUUUAGAGAGAAAAGUCAAGAUCAUGAUGAACAGCGACAGGUUAUCUGUCGAGUUCCCAAAGAAAUCCGUGCAAAUACUCCAACAGCAAAACCUGUUGAACGAAUCUUGGAACCCAGACAUAUCAAAGUUGAAAAGGUCGAUCCGUCAGACACCGACAACUCAGUGGACACUCCUGUUAGCCAGAGGGACUGCAGCAAAGUAACAAUCAAAAGGGAGCCUGAAGAGAGUGCUCCGUCCAACAGUAUGCAUAUGUUGGUGAUAAAGAAAUGUGAACCUGAUGAGCUUGAAAGUAAACCCUUGGCACCUAAAAAUGAGGCCUCAUAUGAGUCCAAAUCUGUUGAAGUGACUGCACAGAUGAACUCAUCUCCUCAGGGUAAUGCAUGCUCAGCCCCCGAGCAGGUGGUCACCUCUCAACCCAAAGGGAUUACUCCACCUCAGGAACCUGAGCGCAGAAUACAUUUCAAAAACAUUCCUCCUCACUGUCUAAAACUGUCUACCUACAACAUCGUUCUACGGGAUCCGAAGCAUUCCAGCCCUGUUCAGCCCCCGGAGAAGCCACAGCCGACAACUGAUUGUACACCAAAAGCAGAGCUCCAAAUGCCAGUUCGGAAGCACUUCCUUGAGUUGCACCAGUCCCUCUGCCAGCUAGUAUCCAAUUCUGUAUCGGCCUCUUCAGAGCCGGAGCUCAGAGCCUGGUUGUCUCAGCUGGAUCUGAUCGAACCGUCAUCUCCUUCAACCAAAGUCCAGAAAGUGUCCUGUUUGUUGGGAGCAAAAGCCAGAGAGUUGUGGCUCAACGAGGAGAUCAGAUCAGCACUCCAGAAGCUCCUGGAGAGGCUAAGAGAGUACACGACCCAGGAACACUGUCCCUUCCCACACGUCAUGCGGACGGGGGCAGUGUUCCUGCCCAUGCUGGUGGUGAAGGAGCUGCUGUUUCCAACCGUCCAGGGCAGCUUCAUCGACCAGGUCCUGCAUGAGCACAAAGUGGAGCUGCGGCCCACGACACUCUCUGAAGAAAAGAUCCUCAUCCAGCUUCAUAAGCGAGCGUGUUCUUCCAGGCUCAGGAGGCUGAUGUCUCUCAAACACCUGCCUGACGUCUACGCUGACGUGGUCAACCUCUUGUACUACACCUGUGUCUGCAAACAUCUCGACUCAACCUCACCUGAAGUCCAAAAGAGAGUCCAGGAUUAGGUUUUGAUGACCCUGCCACAAGAGAAAAAGAUGAAAGUUGUGAUGACGCCAUCGGCUGCAGGACUCCUAUAUUCAGUGACACCACAGCCUCCCCAGCAUCACCCACAGAGUCACAUCUGCAAAGACAUGUGACAGACAAGGAAACCAAAUCUCGUUUGACCAGGAACAGAAUAAAGAGUAGGGUAAAGAGCAGUUCUAGGCGCAUGUUUCUAGACAGUAGUUUGUCAGAUGAGGAUGGGGCAGAUGACUCAGACAAGACCAGAAGUGGAGGCGUGCUGAAUGCAUUUAGCAAUGAAAACUGGAGUGGCCAUCAAUCUGACAGGAUUGAGAAUGGAGGAAAUGACCAAAAGGAUGCAGAGGAGGAUUCUUCACUCAUUCCACUUAGUACAACUUCUGAGAAUUCAUGGACGUGCCCUUUAACCCUGGACGAGCUUUCUCCCAGUGACUCAGAAACCGAGGUAUCCUCCAGUUUGCAGCCUCUUAGUCAGUCCUCAGCAGCAGCCAAAACUCCAGUCAGAUCAAACAGUUGUUCGGGCAUGAUUCUCAAACUGAGGAGGAUGUUCAGUGAAGGUGUGCACAGAAAAAGGGCCAGCUACCAAGCAAUCUCAGACUCGGGGACAUUUUCUGAUCCUUCCCUCUCACAGACUGAUGACAGGGAAGGAGAAGUGAGCAGCGACAUGGAUCUUCACAGGAGGACGCCCAAAGUAACCCACAGGUGGCAGAGAAAUGGAGGGUUCUCUCACACCUUGAGACCCCUCAGCAGCUCCUCUAAAAGAAAACACAGAUCGCUCUUAAAGAUUAAAUACUGUCCCUACUUGUCCGCCUGCCACAGCGCCGAGCACAGGAGGCGCUGGGUCCUGCGUUCGGCCGUCCAGAGGGCUCAGACGGCCAUGAGGUUCUACUACCCAGACCUGGUGGGGAAGAGGAUUCGCCACCUAUAUGAAGAAGAUGACAAAUCAGAGGUGUGGUACCGGGGAGAAGUGCUGCGUAUCCACGAGGCCAACACCAACCCUCUGAAGACUAUAUUUGAGGUCAGGUACGACAGCGAGCCAGAGUGGAAGUACUACCUGGAGCUGCUGAUAGACUAUAAAAAAGGCUGGCUCAAGAUUGAAGACUAGUGUCCCCACACAAUUGUCAGUUUUGCUUUUGGACAUUUCACUGAGUGCGAUUACAAUGAUUUUUUAAUCUGUUUGUUUUGUACAUGCAAAUGACAGGCUGGUGACCCCUUUAUAUAUCUCUGGCCUCCUCAGGUAAAAAGUCGGACAGGAUAUUUUUGGUGAUGAAGUCAGGUAAAUAUUCGUCAUUUGGGAGCUACAGGUUUCAUUCUUUGGAAACUGACUAUAGCCGAUGUGCAGCAUCCUGUAGUACAUGUAGGCUCUUAUCUGCCACAUCUUUUGACGGCUCUGCUGGUUUUUCUGACAGAUCAGACUGUGCUAUGACUAUCAUGCUGUGUUGUUGCCUGAUUUAAAAACAAACAAACAAACAAAACUUUUGUAAGUUUCCCUCAGGGUUUUUUUCAAAAAUGUAAUUGCAACUCUGAUGCUAGGUCAGUAAUUUUCGGCAUAAUUGCAGUACAAAAUGUCAUUAAGCGAAAUUAGUGUCAGGUAAAUCGUUUUUGCUAGUAAGCAUUAAGAAACCAGCAAAUGACAUGAAAACAUUUUUCAAAGGGUUUUACUGUCGAACAGUCCCAACCAUAUGUGUAAAUAAGUUUACAGUAACACAAUGCCAGUUGUGCAUGCCACUUGUAGAGUGAUUUUUACCAUGAUGAUUGUGGUUGGUGUGUUGUGUGCAAGUGAAGCUGGACAGGCAUUAGUAUAGUUCUGUACUAAGCUGCUCAAGAGGUCUUUUUAAAAGACACACAGAUGUUCCCACGUGACUGAUAACUUAAAGACUUUUCACCUCAUGUUGUAUUUUGUACGAAUUCUGAAUCAUUUCCUUAGACUUCUGUGGAUUGAACCAUUAUAACAUAAUUUUCUCAGUUAUCUUAAAUGCUGGUAAUGAUUCCAUGUUUUUCCCUCUUGAAAAUACAUUAUUUUGACUGACAGUA